AUGCAGAGGGCGAGCGGAGGCCGCUGCUGCGUCGCCUGCGGGGGAAGCGGCCCCAGCGCCGCCAAGUACCGCUGCCCGGGCUGCAGGGAGAGAUAUUGUUCGGUGCCCUGCUACAAGAAGCACAAAGAACAAUGUGUGGCCCAAAUCGUUCCGGUUCCGCAGCCUGCAAAGACGACAGAAGCUUCCUGUGAUGCUCGGAGGGAUGCUGAAGGAAGCCCGUGGUCCGUGGACGACAUUUUGACAGAAGACGACGACGACAAGGUGCCUUUCGACAAACUUCAGCUCUUAAGUGAAUCAGAAGAACUCAAAGGCAUCCUGCUCAACCCCCACCUGCGGGCGUUGCUUCUCGACGUCGACCGGGCCGAAGACAAGAGCGCUGCCCUGAAAAAGUACAUGCAGGAGCCGCUCUUCGUGGAGUUUGCAGACUGCUGCCUGCGGACGGUCGAGCCGCCUGAGGAGGAGAACGAACUCCUGGAUUGAAAUUGGGCUUGGGAACCGGUCGAGGACGAGGGAGGCCGUGCAGGCAGACAUGUGGGGCCUCCGUCCCUUCUCACUAAGCGCUGGGUAUCCAAGGUAAGUUCCUAGGAUGGAUUUUUUGCAACCUGGUGCCCUUCUGAUGUCUCAGACUACAACUCCCAUCAUUGGCCAUGCUGGCUGGGAAUGAUAGGGGUUGCACUCCAAGUGGCACUGGGGGAAACAAAACCAACGACACCAGGUUUAAUAGAACAGAAGUUUAUUUGUAGAAAAUCACCCAGUUGUGUGCAACCAGAAUCCACCGGAUACAAACUGCUGACCUAAAAGACUUGUACGACGACUCUUCUGCCUCGCCCACCCUGGCCGGGAGCGGUGGCGUUUACCUGUUGAAACUUUUGAAUGACUCUUUGGGUGUAACGGCUGCAUCUUGCCCAAGAGGAAUCCGUG